AUGUGCUUUAAAUCAUGGGAAUUUGACAUUUUGCUCGAAAUACGACACUUUGAACGUGGAAACAGAUCUGCAGCUCAUACCAAGGUUUCACCAGCUACACCGCGAGUGCCUAGUAAACUAAGCAGGGUUCUGGAUAAACCAGAACCUGGUUCACCCUCUUCCUUGCGAGGUACACGCCAUUCAGUCGACCGAUCCCCGCGAUCACCCCUUAACUCGAAGCCUACAGUUGAUCAUUCUCGAUGGUCGUCCCUUAACUCGAAGCUGUCAAUUAAUAGGAGGUCGACAAGGGUGGAGCCAGAAUCAUUGAAAGGUGCACGCAAUUCAGUCGAUCGGUCUCCGCGAUCACCCCUUAACUUGAAACCGACGAGUGGUCGGGGAUCGCCAAGGUUUGCUACGCCAUCUGAAAAAUCACAAACACGAGCGAGCAAGGGAUUGGAAUUGCAGGCUCAAUUUAACUCCGUCCAGGAGGAUCUAAAGAAAGCAAAGGAACAUAUAUCAUUGAUCGAGAAAGAAAAGGCACAAGCAAUUGAUGAACUGAAAGAAGCACAUAAAGCAGCUGAAGAAGCAAAUGAAAAGCUUAAAGAGGCUUUAGUAUCACAAAUGCGAGCUGAAGAGAGAUUGGAGAUCGAGAAAUUCCGGACCGCCAAGUUGGAACAGGCAGGAAUCGAAGCUGCACAGAAGAAAGAUGAAGAAUGGCGCAAUGAAAUCGAAUCCAUAAAGAACCGGCAUGCUAUGGAUGUGGCUACACUUUGCUCUACCAUCCAGGAGCUUGAAAGGGUGAAGCAAGAGCUAGCCAUGGUUUGUGAUGCCAAGAACCAGGCUCUGAACCGUGCUGAUGAUGCAACCAAGAUAGCUGAAAUCCACGCCGAGGAGGUCGGCAUUCUUUCAGCCGAAUUGGUUCGGUUGAAUUCAUUGAUUGGUACGGAACACGAAAAAGAGGUUAACGAAAAUAAGGAAAUGGUGAUCAAGUGCAAGGACGAGAUAGAGUCAUUGAAACAACAACUUGAGACAGCAAAGGCCUAUGAGGAGAAGCUGAUGGAAAAGGAGGCUUUCAUCGAACAACUUAAUGUCGAUCUCGAAGCCGCAAGAAUAGCCGAAUCAUACGCGCUCAAUGUAGUAGGAGAAUGGAAGAAAAGGUUCCAAGAACUACGAAUGCAUAUCGCAGAAGCAAAGACGUUACAGAUAUCUGCUUCUGAUUCUCUUGACUUGGUCAUGAGGCAAUUAGAGAGCAACAACAAUUCAUUGCUCGACGCAAAAUCUGAAAUCACUGUUCUUAAACAGAAGGCGGGGUUAUUGGAAGUGACAAUCAAUAAACAAAUAGGGGACCUUGUGAAAUCACAACAAUGUAUGAAUAAGGCCAAGGAAGAAACUAAAGAGGUGAAGAAAUUGGUCGAGUCUCUUAAGUCCGAGUUAAAAACGGCCAUGGAAGAAAAGACCCGAGCUUUAAAUAAUGAAAAGAUAGCAGCUUCCAGUGUUCAAGCUCUUUUAGAAGAGAAAACCAAACUUAUGGACCAGUUGGAAUGUUCGAGGGAUGAGAUCGAGAAGAGCAAGAAAGCAAUGGAAAGCUUAGCUUCAGUCUUGAAUCAAGUUUCAGCAGAAUCAAGGGAGGCCAUGGAGAAGCUUUUAUCAAGUGAAAAAGAGCAUGAAGAUUACGAAACCAAGUUAGAAGAUCUAAGAUCGGCCCCGACAGCAACGAACGAGAGGUACGAAACGAUGCUCGGUGAUGCGAAAAAACAGAUUGAUCUUCUUACAAUUGCCAUUGAACGGUCCAAGAACGAAUGCCAGAAUGGGGAACCAAAAUAUUUGAAACAAUCUGAUGAUGAAGCUGAUCAAUUGAAGGAGGGCCUAAAGCAAGUUGAAUCUGAGGUGAUUUAUCUGCAGGAAGCUUUAAUGGAGGUCAAGACUGAGAGCACGGUACUGAAGGAGAGUUUGUUGGAUAAAGAAACCAAACUGCAGUGUGUGGUUCGAGAGAAUGGGGAACUCCAAGCUAGGGAAGCUGAUUCUCUUAAGAAAGCUGAUGAGUUAUCUAAGCUGUUAGAAGAAGCUACUAAUUGUGAAAAUGACUACUAUCACGGAAGUGAAGAGAAUCCAAAGUUAGAACUCCCAUCGGAACAGCCCCCGGAGGCAGAUGAUGCUGAAGUGGAGAAUGCAAAUGGACAAGUGAAAGAAUUUGAGACAAAACGAAACAAGGAAGAUUCAGAUAAGGUUGAAUUCGACAUGUGGGAGAGCUGCAAAAUUGAAAAUAAAGAAUUUUCCCGAGAAAGAGAACCUGAGAAAAAAAUCCCUUGUGCAGGAAGUGGAUAACUCACCG